GGCUCCGCUCCUACUUCCUGCUUCCUCACAGUUGCUGUUGUCGACGUUAGGGGCGGGUAUCGGAAAGCUUCCUCGGCUCUGGACGGGUUGUGAGAUGCCGGGCGGAGGCCGGUGUCCCGAUUGCGGCUCCACUGAGCUCGUGGAAGACUCGCACUAUUCGCAGAACCAGCUGGUGUGCUCCGACUGCGGCUGUGUGGUCACCGAGGGAGUCCUUACUACCACCUACACUGACGAGGGCAACCUCCGAGAAGUAACAUAUUCCCGAAGCACAGGGGAAAACGAACAAGUUAGUCGCAGCCAGCAACGAGGUCUCCGCCGAGUGAGAGACCUCUGUCGAGUUCUGCAACUGCCACCAACAUUUGAGGACACGGCAGUUGCCUACUACCAACAGGCAUACCAGCACUCUGGCAUCCGUGCUGCCAGGCUGCAGAAGAAGGAGGUGUUGGUCGGGUGCUGUGUCUUAAUCACCUGCCGGCAGCGUAACUGGCCCCUGACCAUGGGAACCAUCUGCACCCUGCUGUAUGCAGAUUUGGAUAUGUUUUCUGGCACCUACAUGCAGAUGGUGAAGCUCCUGGGGCUGGAUGUGCCAUCUCUGUGCUUGGUGGACCUGGUGAAGACCUACUGUAGCAGCUUCAAACUGUUUGAAGCCUCCCCGUCCGUGCCAGCCAAGUACGUGGAAGACAAGGAGAAGAUGCUGUCGCGAACGCUGCAGUUGGUGGAGCUGGCAGAUGAGACGUGGCUGGUGACCGGGCGGCAUCCCUUGCCUGUCAUCACCGCCGCCACUUUCCUGGCUUGGCAGUCGCUUCGGCCUUCAGAUCGGCUGACGUGUUCCCUUGCCCGUUUUUGUAAAUUGGCGAACGUGGACCUGCCCUACCCUGCUUCCUCCCGCCUGCAGGAGCUGCUGGCUGUGCUGCUGCGGCUGGCCGAGCAGCUGGCCUGGUUGCAGGUCCUGAAGCUUGACAAGCGGUCUGUGGUCGCGCACAUCGGCGACCUUCUCCAGCACCGCCACAUGUUGGUCCGCAAGGCCUUUCGAGACGGAACAGCAGAGCCAGGCGCGCUGGACACCGGGGAGGAGGAGCUGCAGGGGCAAGGAUGGGGGAGAGAGGACCGGGGCCAUGGCUCCUUAGAUUUGCCUGCAGGGAAGCGGCCAGCGAGCCCCGCCCUCCUCCUUCCACCCUGCAUGUUGAAGCCCCCAAAGCGGAUCUGUCCCACACCCCCUGUCUCCACGGUCACUGGAGAUGAGAACAUUUCUGAUAGUGAGAUCGAGCAGUAUUUGCGUACCCCUCAGGAAGUUAGGGACUUCCAGAGAGCUCAGGCCGCCAGACAGGCUGCCACGAGUGUUCCUAACCCUCCCUGAUGCACAGCCGGGGUCGGGGGGGUGGGGCGGGCGCUUAACCCCAUCUGACAGCGGCUUGCUAACAGGCCUGAUGUAGCCAGAGAAAUCAGUGUAUACAAGUCCUUAGGUAUCUCCGUUCUCAUUUAAGGGACCCAAGAGGGGCUCUGCAGUUAUUGGACCCCAAGUCCCAGAGUCGAAGUCAGAAGGAACACGGGACACCUGGGUUGGAGAGUCCCAUCCCUCGGUCCCAGACAGUGGUCGCACAUACUCCUGUGGGCUGGCUUUCUCUUGGACUGUUGGGAAAGUGCCAGGCGCUCUCCUGCUCUCGGUUCAGGGUUCAGAUUGCAUACACCGCAGCUGUAGGGCUGGCGGGGCCUCCCUGCUGGUGUGGAGCAGUGCGCAUUCCCGAUGGUAUCAGCCCUCAGAGGAUGGAACUGGGCAGCCCUCGGCCCUGCGUCCAUUCACAGGCCUGAGUGGGUUCAUGUGUACAGUGUCAGAGAUCCUCUCCCUCCUAACAAAAGGACCGGGGGUGGAGUAAGCUCAUAGCUCAAAGGGCUUUGCAAAAUUUUAAUAUAUUAAAACAAGAGGCAUCUGCUAGAAAACAUUCUAUUGUAUAAAACCCGAGCUUUUAAAAACAUGUUUUCUUUGGCACUUUUCAUCCCCUCCCUCCCCUUUCCCCAGCGUAUUGCAAAAAGCUCUCCAGUGCUAAGGCAUUGGCGGGGUAUGUAAACAGCAGCCAGCAUACGUGGAAGAAUAAUACGAAGCUUUUUUUUUUUUGCCUUUUUUUUUUCUGUCUAAUAUUGUCUGUGCAGCAAGCAUAAAUAA